GUGUUUUGUAACAGUUACACAAACGUGACAUGUUCACGUAUGUAAAGUGUGAUUGUGUCGCUGUGUGUCACUCCCUGAAGCCCCGCGGUAGGAAAACAUGGCAAAACUCGACCUCGCAACGGUGGGAAAGAACUUGUUAAAGAGCUCUGAAACUGGCGAGAAUGUGGAGCUUCAGUCCCUGUGGAAGGACCAGCCCGUGGUGUUGUUUUUCCUGCGCAGGUUCGGUUGUCAGGUGUGUCGAUGGAUGGCGUCAGAAAUCAGCAAACUGGAGCCGGAGCUGAGAGCCGGCGGUGUUGCACUGGUCGGUGUUGGACCAGAGGAGUUUGGGCUCAAGGAGUUCAAGGACAAUGGAUAUUUUAAAGGAUCCAUCUAUGUGGAUGAGCAGAAGAAAAGCUACAAGGAUUUGGGCUUUAAAAGGUACACAGCCCUAAGUGUGGUCCCUGCUGCCCUGGGGAAGAAAGUACGCGACAUCAGUUCAAAGGCCAGUGCAGACGGAAUCCAGGGAAACUUCUCAGGGGAUCUGCUGCAGAGUGGAGGCAUGCUCAUCGUGGCCAAAGGUGGGGAAAAGGUCUUAUUGCACUUCAUCCAGGAUUCUCCAGGAGACCUCGUGCCUCUGGAGGACAUCUCCAAGGCUUUGGGGAUCUCGGCCAAAGUAAAAGCAGGACAGAGACCAGUGUGCAACGAUGAUGUUUGUACACGAUGAUCUCAGCACCUACAGGAUCUGAACAUAAAGAUCUAGGAUGUCAUUAAAAUACACUGUCAACUAUUUUAAUUGUUUGGAAUUUAUAUAUAUAGAUAUAUAUACAUAACAAAAAUUGUACCCCUUUUUGAAUUAAACUUAAAAAUGAA